UUGAUCCCGACAGUCAAGUGAGUUCGCCCGUUUUGUGUUUCGUGACCAGUGAGGAGUGAUGAGAAAAAUGUCGGCUUGGUGGAGAAUUUAGAUCAUUGCGGUGGAAAAAAGGCAAUUAACGCAACAACUUAUCCAACUUUGUGGCUGUGUUUUUCGUUUAAGUGAUAAGGCAAGGUGACACGUUUGCGAGGGUGGAGAGGAAUAGCGCUAGAGGUGCUUCAAUCGGACACGAUGAGCCAUUCCGAUAGUACGGAUACGACAAGCAGCAGCAGCACUAGUAAUGCCAAGCCGGAGGAAAACCAGGACGAGCUCAUCAUCAAACAACAAAGAGAAAUCGAACAGGAGAUUGCUUAUUCGAAUCCGCUAGUUGGCGAUUCCCAAGCCAUCAUCAGCCUGAGCUCAGAGUAUCUGGACGAUGCGGUUUACAUUUCAAAGAUCAAGGAUCUAUCCUCGAAGUACCGCGCAAUCCGUCGUACGCGUCCAGAUGGCAACUGCUUCUUUCGUGCGUUCGCCUAUGCAUACCUCGAGUAUUUAGUACGAAACAAGGACGAAUUUAGCAAGUUCUAUGAAUAUGCAGCGAAAUCAAGGGAGCGUCUAACGGAGGCUGGUUUUCCCCGAUUCACGAUCGAAGAUUUCUAUGAAACGUUUAUGGAGGUGAUUAAUAAGGUGAAGCCAGACGGAGAUGACACGGAAAGAGCGCUAGCCGAACUGCAUAAACUUUUCAAUGAGCAGGGAUAUUCGGAUUACGUCGUUGUUUACAUGCGCUUGAUUACUUCCAGCCAUCUGCAAGAGCGAGCAGAUUUCUACCAGAAUUUUAUCGAUGGAAAUUACACGAUUGUAGAAUUCUGUCACCAGGAGGUGGAACCGAUGUACAAGGAAUCCGAUCACAUUCACAUCAUUGCGAUCUGCUCUGCCCUUGAUGCUGGAGUACGCGUCGAGUAUAUGGACCGAGGAGAUGGCGAUCAGGUUAUUGCUCAUGAUUUUCCGGACGGUUGCAAGCCGAACGUGUUUUUGCUCUACCGUCCAGGACAUUAUGAUAUUCUCUACCCCAACAGAGAGCUGCAACAGUGAAGCGACAUUUUCCGACUCUUUCAAUACAGUCUAUUCUUACUUGGAGAUCUUAACCGCUAGUGGAUUCUCACAUUAAAUUACAAGUUCAAAUCAAAUAAAAGAUGUAGAAGAUGCA